AUGGGAGGAAGAGAAGAAGGAUGCAGAUCUUGGGAGGAAGACCAACUUGCACUUCCCAAAACAUUUUCAGACAACAUAAAGAAGAAGUUGCCAGAAAGUGUGACCCUAAAAGGUCCUGGUGGAGUGCUGUGGAAUAUAGAGCUGACAACUAGAGAUGGUACUUUGUACUUCACGAAUGGUUGGCAACAAUUCGUGAAAGAACACUCUUUGAAAGAAAAUGAUCUCCUUGUCUUUAAGUACAAUGGUGAAUCGUUGUUUGAGGUUCUAAUCUUUGAUGGCGAGAGUUUAUGUGAGAAGGCAUCUUGUUAUUUUGUUCGAAAAUGUCGGCAUGCCGCUACUACUGAACAUGGGGGUGGAUGUUCUAGCAAGAAAAAGGACUCAGAUAAUUCUGUUGAAGAAGUCAAUACUCCUUCUAAUGAUGUUGAUGAAGGUGUUUCACCCGAGAAAUCUUUGCAUCUUAACAAAAUCCGAGUGCCAUUUGCCGUACCUAUCGAAACUACUAACGGAAAGACUUCGAAUGCUGGUCUUGAAUCUGCCUCUGCCGAGCAAUUCAUGUCUGAUGCAGUCGCUGAUACUGAGGCAAUAACUGUUCCCUCCCAAACAACUGGUAAACGAAUGAGGAAGCCUGUUUAUGCCGAUAUGUCUGUCCCGAGUAAGAGGAGAGGAAGACCACCAAAAUCAGCUAAUUCUCAUGAGAGAGCUCUUGAUUGGGUGUCUGAUGCUGAACUUUCUCCCAAGGCUUCUCCAAAGGCAACAUGUACCGAAGACACCUUGCUUGUAACUAUGCGACCUUCGCAUGUAUACAAGAGAUUCUUCGUGUCAUUCCCUAAUAAGUGGAUACUAAACCAUCUUACUCCGUCAUCGCAAGAUGUGAUAUUACGCAUGGGUAAGGAGGGUGAAUGGGUUGGGAAAUACUGCUAUCAUAAUAUUCGUAACAAUGGAGGACUUUCCGGUGGGUGGAAACAUUUUGCGCUUGAGAAUAAUCUUGAAGAGUUUGAUGUGUGUUUGUUUAAGCCUGCUGGUUAUAUGCAAAACAUGUUGAUCAUAGAAAUGACCAUUUUUAGAGUUGUUGAGGAGAUUACUCCUCUUACUGCGGUGCAUUCUCCGGGAAAGAAGAGAUCAAUUAAGAAAACACCAUCCGGAGAACCACAGCUAAAGAGGAGGGGAGUUAUGAUAGCCCCAAUCAGGGCUGUUCAAACAGAACUUGACUCCCUUGAAGGUAUGUCAAAUUUCUAUUGCAACAGCUAG